CUUUUUUUUUUUCGCCCUACGAGCCCCUAAUUUUUUAUUCUCUUACAUAUAACUCAAACUCGCGCCCUCUUGUCAUCGCGUCCAUUCUUUCGUUCGUUUAUAUUAUCAAUUUUUCAAGCUUUCACUUUCUUCAAAAAAAAAAUCAAUUUUAUGGUUGUGUAAAUUUUUUUGAGUACAUUUGAAAUGAAAUAAUGUUGUAUUGGUCAUGUUGUAGCAAAAUUUAUUCAUUGAGAAGAUGAAAGUAGCCACUCAAACUAUUGAUAUAGGUGAAGAAUGCAUAAAAACAAAUUACUAUGGUGCAAAAUGGAUGAUACAAGAAUUACUACCUCUACUUCAAUUAUCUGAUUCACCACGUAUUGUCAAUGUUUCCUCCUCUACUGGAAAGCUCCAACAUGUACGCAAUGAAUGGGCUAUAGGAGUCUUGAAUGAUUGUGACAAUCUAACAGAAGACAAUGUGGAUGAGGUUUUGAAUGUUUUUCUCAAAGAUUUCAAAGAGGAUUUGUUAGAAAGCAAAAAUUGGCCUCUAACAAUAUCUGCUUAUACACUAUCAAAAGCAGCAUUAAAUGGUUACACAAGAAUAUUGGCUAAAAAAUACCCAAAUUUUCUCAUAAAUUGUGUUUGUCCAGGUUAUGUAAAAACUGAUUUAUGUUACAAUUGUGGCAUAUUGACUGUUGAAGAGGGUGCUCAAAGUCCUGUUUGGCUUGCUCUUUUACCUCAAGGAGGCCCGUCAGGAAACUUCUACAAUAGGAAAAAGCUCUCACCUUUCUAAUGAAAUUAAGAAAUCUUGCGAUAUAGAUCACAGCUAUGUUGCUCGAAUUUUUCAAUAAAAUGUUAUUAUAUUUGUGUUGGAUUUUCGGUAAACAUAUAAUACAUAGUUUGCAGAGGAUUCGACCAUAUUAUAGUAGGUUCAUGGACAAAGUUCCUAUUAUAAGGUAUAAAUUGUGAAUUGUAAUACAUAAGUUAAUAAUUAUUGGAUUAUCGUCUAAGACA